UCCCGGGCCGGGCUGUCUGCCGCGGACCAUGGCUAAUGUGUCUAAGAAGGUGUCGUGGUCCGGCCGCGACCUGGACGACGACGAGGCGGCGCCGCUGCUGCGGAGGACGGCGCGGCCCGGGGCGCCGGCCGGGGAGAGCACGCCGCUCUUGAACGGGGCCGGGCCGGCGGCCGCCCGUCAGUCGCCACGUUCAGCAUUCUUCCGGGUUGGACAGAUGAGCAACGUGGAGCUAGACGAUGAGCUGCUCGACCCUGAGACGGACCCCCCUCACCCUUUCCCCAAGGAGAUCCCGCACAACGAGAAGCUGUUGUCCCUCAAGUACGAGAGCUUGGACUAUGACAACAGUGAGAACCAGCUGUUUCUGGAGGAGGAGAGGCGCAUCAACCACACGGCCUUCCGGACGGUAGAGAUGAAGCGCUGGGUCAUCUGUGCCAUGAUUGGAAUCCUCACGGGCCUUGUGGCCUGCUUCAUUGACAUCGUGGUAGAGAACGUGGCUGGCUUGAAGUACAAGGUCGUCAAGGACAAUAUCGACAAGUUCACGGAGAGGGGCGGGCUCUCCUUCUCCCUUUUGCUGUGGGCCACGCUGAACUCCGCGUUUGUGCUCGUGGGCUCUGCAAUCGUCGCCUUUGUGGAGCCAGUCGCCGCUGGCAGCGGGAUCCCCCAGAUCAAGUGCUUCCUGAACGGGGUGAAGAUCCCUCACGUGGUCCGGCUCAAGACCCUCGUGAUCAAAGUGUCCGGCGUGAUCUUGUCCGUGGUGGGCGGACUGGCAGUGGGAAAGGAGGGGCCGAUGAUUCACUCGGGCUCCGUCAUUGCCGCCGGAAUUUCCCAGGGGAGGUCGACAUCGCUGAAGCGAGAUUUCAAGAUCUUUGAGUACUUCCGCAGGGACACGGAGAAGCGGGACUUUGUCUCCGCGGGAGCUGCGGCCGGCGUGUCUGCUGCAUUUGGAGCCCCCGUGGGUGGGGUCCUGUUCAGCUUGGAGGAGGGUGCCUCGUUCUGGAACCAGUUUCUGACGUGGAGGAUAUUCUUUGCUUCUAUGAUUUCCACGUUCACCCUGAAUUUCGUCCUGAGCAUUUACCAUGGAAACAUAUGGGACCUGUCCAGCCCAGGGCUUAUCAAUUUUGGGAGAUUUGACACAGAGACAAUGGUGUACACGAUCCACGAGAUUCCCAUCUUCAUCGCCAUGGGUGUAGUGGGUGGUAUUCUUGGUGCCGUGUUCAAUGCCUUGAAUUACUGGCUGACAAUGUUUCGAAUCAGGUACAUCCACCGGCCCUGCCUCCAGGUGAUCGAGGCCAUGCUGGUGGCCGCAGUCACGGCCACGGUCGCCUUCGUGCUGAUUUACUCAUCCCGAGACUGCCAGCCCUUGCAGGGGAGCUCUGUGUCCUACCCCCUCCAGCUCUUCUGUGCAGAUGGCGAGUACAACUCCAUGGCCGCUGCCUUCUUCAACACCCCAGAGAAGAGCGUGGUCAGCCUCUUCCACGACCCUCCAGGCUCCUACAACCCCAUGACGCUCGGCCUUUUCACCCUGGUCUACUUCUUCCUGGCCUGCUGGACCUACGGGCUGACGGUGUCCGCCGGUGUCUUCAUCCCAUCGCUACUCAUCGGGGCCGCCUGGGGCCGGCUCUUUGGCAUUUCAUUGUCCUACGUUACAGGGGCUGCGAUCUGGGCAGACCCUGGCAAAUAUGCCCUCAUGGGAGCAGCUGCCCAGCUGGGUGGGAUUGUGAGGAUGACCCUCAGCCUGACUGUCAUCAUGAUGGAGGCCACCAGCAACGUGACGUAUGGCUUCCCCAUCAUGCUGGUCCUGAUGACCGCCAAGAUCGUGGGCGACAUCUUCAUCGAGGGCCUGUACGACAUGCACAUCCAGCUGCAGAGCGUGCCUUUCCUGCACUGGGAGGCCCCCGUCACCUCUCACUCGCUCACCGCCAGGGAGGUGAUGAGCACACCGGUCACCUGCCUGCGGAGGAGGGAGAAGGUGGGCGUCAUUGUGGACAUUCUCAGCAACACGGCGUCCAAUCACAACGGGUUUCCCGUGGUGGAGUUUGCUGGCGACAACCAGCCGGCCCGGCUGCAGGGCUUGAUCCUGCGCUCCCAACUCAUCGUCCUCCUGAAGCACAAGGUGUUCGUGGAGCGCUCCAGCAUGGGCCUGGUGCGGCGGCGGCUGAGGCUGAAGGACUUCCGAGACGCCUACCCGCGCUUCCCGCCCAUCCAGUCCAUCCACGUGUCGCAGGACGAGCGCGAGUGCACCAUGGACCUCUCGGAGUUCAUGAACCCCUCCCCCUACACGGUGCCCCAGGACGCAUCCCUCCCGCGCGUGUUCAAGCUGUUCCGGGCUCUCGGCCUCCGGCACCUGGUGGUGGUGGACAACUGCAACCAGGUGGUUGGACUAGUGACCAGGAAGGACCUGGCCAGGUACCGCCUCGGGAGGGGGGGCCUGGAGGAGCUGGCCCUGGCCCAGACGUGAGCCCCGCCCCCCGCGCCCCCUCGCUCCCUGGGGCAGCGGUGGAUGCGGCAUCCCCCAGUG